AUGGCGGAGGAGACGACAAUGGAAAGAAGACCAGCUAAGUUUCCACGCAUCUCUAAUAUUGCUCCAUUCAAUUUUAAAAGUGGGUCAAAGCUAAUUGAGAUUACUAGUCAAUUACAAGAAGUUGCUACAAAAGGAAAAGAACUUGGUUUAGAUAAAAGACUUGUUGGGAGGAUGUCUACAGAUUUACAGCAGAGAUCACAAACUACAUGUUUGAAGGAACCUCACAUUCAUGGCAGAGAUAAAGACAUCAAGCAAAUUAUGGAAUUGCUAUUUGGGGAUGCACCUACUGGAACUUCUUUUGAUGUAAUUCCCAUUGUAGGCAUGGGUGGGAUCGGCAAGACUAUAUUAACUCAGCACAUUUACAAUCACGACCAAGUGCAAAAGCAUUUCAAUCUAAAAGCAUGGGUUUGUGUUUCUGAUGACUUCGAAGUUAUGAGAAUAACAAAGGCAAUUCUCGAGUCGUUCACUCACUGUUCAUGGAAUUUUAGUAACUUAAAUGAGGUUCAAGUUCAACUUAGCAAAACGUUGGCAGGGAAAAAGUUUUUGCUUGUCCUAGAUGAUGUGUGGGACUAUGGACAUGAUGGGUGGAAUUUGUUACAAUCCCCAUUUGGAGUUGGAGCACCUGGAAGUAAAGUCAUUGUGACAACGCGAGACAGAGGUGUUGCAAAGCAGAUGGGAAUGGAUAAAUAUCACAAUUUGCACAACUUAUCAUAUGACGAUUGUUGGUUAAUCUUUUCCCAACAUGCAUUUCAGAACAGAAAUAUUGAGGAAUGCCAAGAAUUGGAAUCAAUUGGUAAAAAAAUUGUUGAGAACAGGUGUAGAGGCUUACCCUUGGCAGCGAGGGCUCUUGGCAGCUUAUUGUGCUGUAAACAAGAAGAACGUGAAUGGAAAGCGAUACUAAACAGCGAUAUAUGGAAUGAGGAAAGUGGCAUUCUCCCAGCAUUGAAAUUAAGCUACCUUCAUCUCCCUUCCCAUUUGAAGACGUGCAUUUCCUACUGUGCAAUCAUUCCAAAGGACUAUGAAUUUAGGAAGACGGAAUUAGUCUUGCUAUCGAUGGCCCAAGGUUUAAUUGAACAACCAAAAGGUGGAGAGCAAAUGAAAGAUUUAGGCUGCAACAUAGAUGAACUACCAGAUUCCAUUGGAGAUCUAAAGCAUUUGCGGUACCUUGAUGUAUCCCAUUAUGGGAUUACAAGGUUACCUGACAUAGUGGCAACUCUCUAUAAUUUACAAGUCUUGUUUUUGAAAUUUUGUCGUCGACUUCAAAAGUUGUCUCUAAACAUGGGGAGGCUAGGGAACUUGCGCUAUUUUGACAUGACUGGCGUGCAUAUCCCAUCAUUAGAAGAGAUGUCACUACAUAUAGGUAAAUUAACUAAUCUCCAAACAUUGCCAAAUUUUAUGGUGGGUAAAGAUUGUGGGCGUAAAAUAGGAGAGUUGAAAAACCUAUCACACAUUCGAGGGGCAAUAUACAUAUCAAGACUGGAGAAUGUCAAUGGUGUUAAGGAUGCAAGGGAUGCCAAUUUAAUGUCUAAGGAGGAGUUAAAAAGUUUAUCACUAGAAUGGGAUGAAUCUCAUAGUUCACAGAAUGACAUAGUUGAGAGGGAUGUGCUUGACGUGAUGAGACCUUCCAAAUUGUUGGAACGACUCACCAUCAAUGGGUAUGGCAGUACAAAAUUUCCAAACUGGGUUGGAGAAGUUUCGUUCUCCAAAAUGGUGUUCAUGCGAUUAAAAGGUAGGAAAUGUUGCACAUCUUUGCCACCACUUGGACAACUACCCUUGCUUAAAAACCUUUACAUUGAAGGAAUGAGUGCAAUAAAGCGCUUGGGUUGUGAGUUCUAUGGGCAGCAGUGUGGUGCCAACCUUUCCCCUCUCUAG